UGGAAAACAGUGGAAGAGAAGAAUCAAAAUGAGGAGUAUAAAAGAGAGGAAAACAUGAGAGAAUAAGAGUGAAGGUUGUGCUAAGCAACUAAACUAAGUAGCGAACAAGAAGAGAAGUGCAACAACCUCGAAGCUAGUUCAAACUAGUGGGAGGUUGUCUGCCAAAAAAGCAGCUGUUAAUACUCACAAAGCAAAAAGAAAACAGAAAGUUACUAUUUUUAGAAAGAAAGAAAGAAUAUGGCUCGUGGAAAGGUUCAGAUGAAGAGGAUAGAGAACCCGGUACACAGGCAGGUGACUUUCUGCAAACGGCGCGCAGGGCUUCUUAAGAAGGCGAAGGAGCUGUCCGUGUUGUGCGAUGCUGAAAUUGGUCUUUUCAUUUUCUCCGCCCAUGGAAAGCGCUAUGAACUCGCCACUAAAGGGACCAUGCAAGGGCUGAUUGAGAAGUACCUGAAGUCAACCAGGGGAGCUGAGGUGGCUGAGGAAGCCAAAGAUAAGCAAGCUCUGGAUCCAAAAGGGGAGAUCAACAUGCUGAAGCAUGAGAUUGAAGUACUCCAGAGAGGCUUAAGCUAUAUGUAUGGAGGAGGAGCUGGAACAAUGACACUGGAUGAAUUGCAUUCACUUGAAAAAUACCUUGAACUUUGGAUGUUUCAUAUUCGUUCAGCAAAGAUGGAUAUCAUGUUUCAAGAGAUCCAGUUGCUGAAGAAUAAGGAAGGGAUACUGCAAGCUGCAAACAAAUAUUUACAGGAUAAGAUAGAAGAACAAUACCCUGUCCCUAACAUGACAUCGACUUUGACUGACUUUCAAUGCCCACUAACUGUACAAAAUGAGAUAUUCCAGUUCUAACAUAUGCUCUCACUGCAUAAGCUAGGCUUAUGCUGAAGCAUUUAGUAGGGUAAUUAAGGACAUGUAUAAUAAUGACCUGAUUAGUUUCAGUUUGGAGUGAUGAACUUGAUAUGAACAUAUAAUUAUGUUUAUUAUAUGUUUAAUUUAGGUCAUAUGAUCUAGUGUGAGAGUCUCUUCAUAGUGUGAAUGAAGUGUAGUGCUACUUAUAAUUAUGUCAUCUAAAGCUUCUAAGUUCUUUAUAAAAUGGAUGAGUAUUUGCUAAUGA